CACAACUUCCUGAUCAUGAGUUCGAAUAACACUUGAGACCUUCCGUCAUCGUCGAUAUCACAACCAGAAGUAUACUCGAUGCGCUCUGGAACCUGACAUCAACGACUCGAGGACCCGAAACAUGCGCGUAGACAACAACCAUCAUGGGCCAAGGAUAUUCUAUUAACGUGUCCGCUGGCUCGGCUGGUAUCGAUGUUCCAGAACUCGCAGAUCUUGAGACCGAAAGAAGUCUUGGUGCUGUACGGUUCAUGAAAACGAUCCGCGCGAAACACAAGGACGGUCUCGUUAUCGCCAAGGUCUUCAUCAAGCCAUUUCCUAACCUGAAGCUUGAGGAACAAUCGAAGAUAUUAUUUGCCCAAAGGAGGGAUCUCGCAGAUGUACCAAACACUUUGCCUUACCAUCGCAUCAUCGAAACCGCAACGAAUGGCUAUCUGGUUCGCCAAUACAUUCACAGUUCUCUCUAUGACAGAAUCAGCACAAAUCCAUCGCUUGAAGACAUCGAGAGAAAAUGGAUUGCAUAUCAGCUCUUGUGUGCGGUCAAAGAGUGCCAUUCGAAGCACAUCUGCCAUGGAGACAUCAAGACCGAGAACAUGCUUGUUACUACCUGGAACUGGCUGUAUCUGACCGACUUCUCCACUGCCUUCAAGCCUGGAAGAUUGCCUGAGAACAACCCGGCCAAUUUCUCGAUCUUCUUCGACACUACUGGCCGUCGCAUAUGCUACAUAGCACCCGAGCGAUUCGUAGACGACGAGGAGCUGAAAGAGCACGAGCCGAAUCCUCAGGAUGACGUGUUUGAGAGAGAUGCAAGAAAAGCCUGGCAUAACGUUACCUGGCCAAUGGAUAUUUUCAGCGUCGGAUGUGUCAUUGCAGAGCUCUUUACUGAGAAACCCACCUUUACACUCAGCCAGCUGUUCAAGUACCGCAAAGGAGAGUAUGACCCGACGCACACCACGUUGAACAACAUCAAGGACGAGAAUAUCCGAGAAAUGGUUGCUCACAUGAUCCAACUCGAGCCUGGCAAGCGCUACAGCGCCGAAGAUUACUUGAACUUUUGGCGUGGCAAAAGCUUUCCAGAGUACUUCUACACCUUCCUGCACCAGUACAUGCAUCUCAUCACAGAUCCAACUUCUGGCAGAAAGCCGGUAGUCGUCGGUGCAAAGAACUCUGGAGGCUCAGACGAUCGUAUUGAACGUAUCAAUGCAGACUUUGACAAGAUUUCAUACUUCCUCGGAUUCUCGGAUGUGGGGAAGCUGCCACAGUCCACUCGCGCACCAAUCACCUCUGGCCUAGAUCUGUUCCCACUUCAGGUGGAUCUACCAAAUAACAGACACGAUGCAGCAGAUCGCGCUGGAAGCGUUCAAGAUAAUGGCGCUCUUCUUUUCCUGAAUGUUGUGAUCUCGGCUUUGCGAACGACUGCUCGCGCGAGCUCCAAGAUCCGAGGUUGUGAACUUCUCCUUGCUUUGGGAGAGAGGCUGACCGACGAAGCCAAGCUCGAUCGUGUAUUGCCUUUUGCCAUUGCUUUAUUGGAAGAUGAGUCGGAAAAUGUUCGAAUGGCUGCUCUGAGGACCAUCACCCAGCUUCUCGCUAUCGUCACUGUGUUGUCUCCCAUGAAUGUCUUCAUCUUCCCCAACUAUCUGCUUCCUCGCCUACAAAAGUUUGUUGCAAGUCCAAUGUUCCGCAAAUCAGGACCGCUCAGAGCGACGUAUGCAACCUGUCUCGCGAAUCUGGCCACAACGGCUGCACGUUUCUUGGACAUGAUGCAAGCUUUACGCGCUGAUGGGUCUUUGCCUUCGACAGACCCAGAAGCCGAAGAUGAUCUUACUUCCUAUGCUGCAUAUCAGAACACCUACGACACUACCCGCGAGGAUCUUAUCCAGCACUUCGAGGCACAGACUAAGCUGUUUUUGCAGGACGACGAUCCUUCGGUCAAGCGCGCCUUCUUAGGAUCUGUGACAAGCCUCUGUGUGUUCUUUGGCGAAAACAUUGCAAGCGAUCUCAUCCUCACGCACUUGAAUACGUAUCUGAAUGAAGAAGAUUGGACGCUGAAAUGCGCUUUCUUCGAGACGAUAGUAGGCGUAGCUGCCUUCAUUGGUGGCGCAAGUCUAGAAGACUUCAUUCUUCCGCUCAUGGUCCAGGCGUUGACUGAUCCGGAAGAGACUGUCACUGAACAAGUGAUCAGAUCACUCUCAAGCAUGGCGCAUCUGGGUCUGUUCCAGCGAUGGACGACGAUAGAGCUCGUACUCAUCGUCUCGCGCUUCACGCUUCAUCCAAAUGUAUGGAUUCGUGAAGCAGCGGUGCAAUUCAUUGAAGCAACUUCAACCCAUCUUUCUGACGCGGAUGUCUGGAGUAUGGUCAUGCCGUUGUUAAAGCCUGUGCUGAAGAUGCCGUCAGCUGGGCUCUCCGAGUUCGAGCUCCUAGACGCUCUUCAGAAACCAUUCCCUCGGCCUGCAUAUGAUCUAGCAAAAACGUGGGCAGAGAAAUCUGAGAAGAGCGUCUUCUGGAAACAUGCACAACAAGUCAAAAGUUUCUCCUUCGAAGCGGGCAGCAACAAGGCUUUGACCGAUUUUUACCGUGACAGCGAUGCUCGCGCCUUGAGCAAAGCAAUGAAGAACGAUGAUGACGAACAGUGGUUGGCCAAACUCCGUGUUGCUGGCAUGCGUACUGAAGACGAACCCAAGCUGCUUGCGCUACGAGAUUACAUCUGGCGAACGACAAUGCGCUCUGAGAAAGAGGUCACGAAGCAGUCCGACACGCAACUAAAUCAGAUAAUUUCGCUAAGCGCCAUACAAGUACCACUUCAGAACGUUUUCUUCGAGGCGGACACUGGUUCUUAUCAGACGCUUCCUCAGGCUGAUAUUGCACAGCCGAAUGUGAAGACUUCCCUUGAGGAAGCCUUGCGUGACGCUGCAACGCCUGCUGAUCAAGACGCAAAGAACUUGUUCAAUCCGGCAAGAGGCAAGCCAUAUCCAUCUUCAGCGCAGCAAACAUCAAACACGGCCGUACCAGCCGACAUAUCCCGAGCCCAAGCCACACCUAUCAAUGGACAAGUUUCGAACCAUCGAAAACACAUGGCAAAUAUUGAUACUGCUGCGUACUUGUCCACAUCUCCUGCGUCCACAACAUCUGUCAGGAGCGGCCACAAUCAUACACUUCAUUCGAAAGCGAGUGCGAUGAACCUCAUGAAACGCACAGAGCAGACCAAGGCAUACGCAGAAACCGGUACAGACUCCAUCAACGCCGUCGGUAAACUUGACGUCCCUGCAAACCAAGCGGCGAUUGCACCUUCAAACUCAAACUCAGGACAAGCCACGCCACGUCCAUCGCGACCUAAAAUUUCUGCGACACACUCUUACCAUGGUGGCGAUCCGACCGUGUUAAAGUUGUUAGACUCAGUCUACACUGGUAGUCACCCCGGAAGCGAUCGUGAAUUUGGACCCAGAGUCUCGACACGCCCUCGUGCUCGAAUGGCCACGAAAAACGCUCCUAACCAACAACCACAAAGUUACUGGAAACCAGAGGGACAACUCACUGCUGUACUUGAAGAGCACCAAGCACAAGUCAAUUGCAUUGCUGUAUCUCCAGACCAGGUCUUCUUCCUUACCGGUUCUGAUGAUGGCUCUGUCAAAGUCUGGGACACCAGUAGAUUUGAGCGUAAUAUGGCGCAUAGAUCGCGUCAGGCCCACAGACAUGCUUCAGGUGCGAGUAUCACCAGCCUUUGCUUCGUGGACUCGACGCAUAGCUUCAUCUCGACCGCUUCUGACGGUACAGUCGAUAUCGUCAAGGUAGAUGUGACGGAGACCAACGGUAAUGUCCGUUAUGGUAAACUCCAGGUGUUGCGCAGCUGGAUGAUCCCAGCCAAGCCCGAACAAAAGGAAUAUGCCAUUGGUGUUGAGCAUGGAAAAAUGGAAGGCCGAUCAGUCUGUGUGGUCGUCACCAACCUCUGCCGCAUCCUGUUUAUUGAUAUAUACUCGAUGGAAGUCACGUACGAGCUUCAAAACCCGAUACAGCAUGGUACGCCAACGACUUUCUGCAUAUCGAAGCGAUGGCAAUGGCUUUUGAUAGGCACCUCACACGGUGUUCUCGAUAUCUGGGAUCUUCGCUUCCGCCUCAGACUUCGUGCGUGGACAGUAACACGUCCAGCGCCCAUCACCCGUCUCACACUACAUCCAAGCAGGAAGGACAGCAAGAAAGUCAAGAUUUGCGUUGCUGGUCUGACGUCUCCCGGUCACGUCUCUGUUUGGGACCUCGAAAAGCUUGUGUGUACGGAGGUGUACCAUGUCAGUCAAUCCGACGGUGGCAGCCAACUGAAAGCAAGAGACUUCGAACUUCUCAAUGUCGACGAAGACAAGUCUGGCACCAUGCCAUCCCGAAUCCUCGGCUCUCUCGCAACAGAUCUGCAUCUGAGCGCCCGACCAUCCGAUAAUGGUAAAGACAGAUCGGGCGGAGGAUCUGGAGGCAGUGCAGGUGCUGUCAAAGCAUUCGCCAUGUCGAUGCACACAUCACCUGACAGUUCAGAGCCAAGACAUCCCUUCCUCGUCACUACCGGACCCGACUGGAAGAUCCGCUUCUGGGACACCGAUCGCAUCGCCUCUUCCAUGAUCGUAAACGACAAGGGAGACAAAGCCCUCUACACAGCCUCAAAAUUCGGCAACGACAUAUCCGCCUACACAGAAAUGGCACUCUCCGACAGUCUAUCAGAAAAAGAAAAAGAAAAAGGUACUUCCAGUCCAGCUUCUGGACGCACUGGCACCAUGUCACCCAUCUCCAACGACGCGGAUAGCGAUAAAGUCGGCGCUGCGUCCAAGAAGAAGAAAGAGAACAGGGAGGGAAAGAUUGCGAGAUAUGAGGUUAUCCGUAGAUCGGCGAAUCAGCUGCUCAAAGGUCAUAAGGAUACCGUUACUGCUGUUGCUCUGGUGGAAUAUCCUUUCGGCAUGAUUAUUUCUGCCGAUCGCUCUGGUGCUUUGUAUAUCUUUAGAUGAUUGAGGGUGGUGGCCUCGUCAUGGGCUUCAUUCAUGGAUAGCUGGAUGGCUCGCAAAAAUGAUGUGCAUUUUUACAACUAUGCUGAUGUGGCUAGGGAGGGAUGGGGAAGAAGUGGAUUAAGGGAGAGUAGGGAUAUUCGAUUCGUAGCAGUUUGUUGGCGAGGAAGUAGGUAGCAUGAAUCAAAGCACAAUUUCACAUCA